CUGCUGUUUGGUCCUGCCUGCCUCCGCCUGCUCGCCUCUCGCCCAUCUCCCUUGCACCUUUUCUUCUUUUCUUCUUUUUUGCCCUUCUGAUCCAGUCCUGUGAAUUGCUCUACGACGCGGUGGCUCUGAUAGCUCUCCUGCAACAAGAAGAAGGGUUGAGAGGAAGGCGGGAGAUCGAUGUCGUCCGAGGUGGAGGAAACUCUCAAACGAAUCCAGUCACACCGGGGGGUUAAGGGCGUCCUGAUCUUGAACAAAGAUGGGAUCCCUAUUCGAUCCAACCUCAGCCAAGAGGACACCGACACGUACUCGGCCUUGAUCAGCCAGCUGAGCUUCAAGGCAAAUGGUAUAGUUCGGACGCUGGACGAGGCAGACAGCCUUACUUUUUUGCGACUGCGGAGCACAAAGCACGAGAUUAUGGUGGCGCCAGACAAGGACUACAUCUUGAUCGUCAUCCAGAACCCCCACUCGAAGUAGCUGAUGUUAUUCUCUUGCUAUCUUGCCCUCUUAGCAGCCCAGGGUCGACGCAGUUUGACGAAUGGGUGGCGGGGACGACUCUCUCUCUCUUUGGAAGAAGAAGGCCCUAUUGUGGGUGGGGUUCAGUUGUUCUUGUCGUUAGCGUAGAAUAGGUCGGUUGUAUACACCAGUUUCGAGCUGUUCUACAGUCAUUAUUGCUACAAUAUGCUGUGCAAGUAAAUGGUGUGGUGUGUCCUCGUGAGUGAAUUUGUGGUGUUCUCGCGUCAGGGGUUCAAGGACGCACCGCCGAAUAAAUGGUGGCGGAUUCCUCCCGUAUGGCCCCGCCUGGUGCAUGGAUGUAAGCUGACACUCAGAAUAGAUGGGACGAAAUAGCCAUUAGGGAAGACUGCACAUGCUGUGGUUGCAGCGUUCCAACCCGGGGCUUCGGCUGUUUCGAUGAACGGGUUUGAGCAAAAUCGAACAUGUUUAUCCGAGGCUCGUUUGCUCAUGAAGCGGCUUGGAGUAUAGAAAUGCGUUUUGCCCUGUGCCUAUCAUCGAUUCUCCCACACACCUCAAUGCUGUCCACACGUUUUUGGUUUUGAAGUUUGGGAAAUUUUUCACGUUGUUGCCCCGCGGCGUUAAAAGUCGCCACGCCGUCUCUUCUUGCCCGAUCAAUCGUUUCGCGUUCUUUCUAGAUAGGUUUACGAGCCUUGGAAGAAGGCGCUCGCUGCUUCGAUAGUGUU